AUGCCGGCGGAUCGGGCGCCCCCGGAUGGGUGCCCAGCUGGAGCUUCCCGCCUGUCUCAGGCCGCCUGCCGCUGCCCCAACUGCCAGGAGGCCGAGAGAGGCGGCGCGGGCGCCGAGGGCGCCAAGAGGAAGCACCUGCACAACUGCCACAUCCCCGGCUGCGGCAAGGCCUACGCCAAGACGUCGCACCUGAAGGCGCACCUGCGCUGGCACAGCGGCGACCGGCCCUUCGUCUGCAACUGGCUCUUCUGCGGCAAGCGCUUCACGCGCUCCGACGAGCUGCAGCGGCACCUGCAGAGCCACACGGGCACCAAGAAGUUCAGCUGCCCGGCGUGCGGCCGCGUCUUCAUGCGGGGCGACCACCUCAGCAAGCACAUGAAGACCCACGAGGGCGCCAAGGACGGAGGCGAGCCGGAGGGCAAGGGUGCUGCGGAGCCGCCCGCCGGCAAGGGAGCCCCGCGGGAGCCCGACGGCACCGGCGCCGCCCCCACAAACUGA